AUGACAAGUGAGGGUGCUGACAUCAACACGACGUUAUUUCUUGCUGAACCCGCAUCACCUGAUCUUUGGGAUGCUGCAUUUUUAACCAACCAAUACCAACCCCAACACUCUCUUUGCUUCUCUUUCAUGUUUCGCAUUAUUGUAGCAGCUGAUGACACCCCCGUUUCCAGAAAAGCCAUUAGCUAUGGUUUACGUCUACACGAGUCAAUACCACAAAGUAGCAUCCAAUUCGUCUUUGCUGUAGGGCUCAAUCCAACUUCCAAUACUAGCAUCAACCUCUUAGGUUCUCUAGAUCGUACAAAUAACCUUGAGAUCGAACAUGAUGCUCAUAAUACCGAGAAUGCAUUACGACAACGACUACCCGACAAAGCGGACCUCCAAGUUAUUACCGGGGAGCAAUCUGUAGAGAAGCUCAUUGAGGACUACAUCAACACCAAUCCACCCGAUAUUCUAAUUAUGGGAUCAUCCAAUCGCACCGGGCUUGAAAAGUAUGGCAUUGCAUAA